AUGUCCACCAAGCAGGAGAACUUGACCCAUGAGGAGUUGUGGGACGACUCCGCCCUCAUCGACUCCUGGAACGAGGCUCUGGAGGAGUACAAGAAAUACCACAGCAUUCAUGCACGAGGCGGCAGUGUCCGAGAGCUGGAGUCUAAGAGCCAGGCUGCGACCAAGCACGAGUCUUCUCCUGAUCGUCUUCAAGAUGUCGAACUUAUUGAGCCUGAGCAGCCAUCCACUUCUGCGCAAGAAGCUGUGAAUGAGGAAGAACACUCGUCACGCAACGAGCCUCAGGCUACACCCCAAGGACUCCCUGCAUUUCCUGUGCAGGCUGUUCUAGGCUCUGUGCAAGAUGAAAACCUCAAAAAGCUUCUUAUGUCGUGGUACUAUGCUGGCUACUACACUGGCCUGUUUGAGGGUCAGCAACAGGCUCAACAAAACCGGGGGUCUUGA